AUGCGUGGACCUCCGCCGGCAUGGAUGCCGCCACAUCCACCCGAUCGGGACACGAUUAUGAGAAUAACUAUGAAGAUCCGGAGAACAUUCGAGAAAGAGGGGUGGUUUUUGUUGGGUCUGAGUCAGACUACGUCCCCGACAAUGACGACCACGGCAACUACAAUCGGUCUUUCAGAGCUCUCAUCACUCGGACUUAUGACUCAGCACGAGGCACCUUCGCUAAUUAAAUCGUACGAGAUGUCACUGUCGCAGCAGCGGAGAUCUGCGAUGCGAGAGCCAUUAGCGCCGUCAUUGGACGACUGGACGUCGUUGGCAGAAGGCCAGACGGUACUUCAUAAAAACGCCGACGGCGCUUACUACAUCCCCAGUGGUUCA